AGAGGGAGAGAGGGAGGGAGUCAGUGUUAGUAGAGCGCAGACAGAAGACAGGCACUAAAGGAGGCUGUCGUACAGAAACUCCACGAUCAUGAGUCAGAAACACAGUGUUGUAUAGACACACACACUGAGGAGCAAACAACAGCAAGACGGCGACUGAAGGAGCCUGUGUUUGAAUCUGUGAGACAGACAGACAGAGAGAGAGAGAGGCUGCUGUCUCUUGGUCUUCUCCCUGCUGGCGUGAGGUUGUGGCAGGCAUGGCGUCGGAGCCGGGCACCCAGUCCAGAGUGAUGUUUCAGACCAAAGAGGAGGAGCCUGCCCAACGCAAACUGGGCAAACUGACGGUCAAAUACAACCGCAAAGACCUCCAGAGGAGGCUGGACAUCGAGGAGUGGAUCGACGGGCAGCUGCACCUGCUGUACGACUGCGAGGAGGAGGAGAUUCCUGAGCUGGAGAUCGACAUCGAUGAGCUUCUAGAGCUGACAGAUGCAGAGCAGAGAUCCAGACUGCACGAGCUUUUGCAAGAAUGUGGAAAGCCAAAGGAGGACUUCAUCAACGGUCUGCUGUACAGGAUGAAGGGGCUGCGGAAGAUGUCAGUGUCUCUGAAGAAAUAGUAUUAGAUCAAAAGCUGGAUUUUUCAAGAUAAUGUGAAGCCCCUGGCCCCGCCCACAACAACAAGCCCCGCCCACACCCUCCUGUCUGGAGAGCACACAUGGGUCAAUGACAGAAACUUCCAGAAACAGUAUUUUUGACCACUAAUAAUUCUGUACAGUAUCUCCAGCAUUGCAGAUAAAGUGUAUCGCCUCUUAUUACUCACAAGAUGCUUUUUUGUUUCUGUUUUAUUGUGAAAUGUACAUUUUGUUCCCCAUUUAUAUAUAUACAGGUAUAUUUUGUUCUGACAAGUGUUGUAUGCAAUAAUAAACAAUUUCUUUUCAAGAUUUUAGAUGAAAAGCAUAGAUACCAUUUGUGAUAAUAAAUUAAAAAUCUACAUUCUGCCAUCGUCUGA